AAGUUGUAAGAUCUAAUUCCCUAGAUUCUAGGGCAUCGACAUGAUCUUAUUAGGGACAUGAAACAGAUCUGACAUUCAGUUGUAUAUCGCGUUGAAAAUUCAGUGCAGUAACAGCUAGCCUUAAAUGCCAAUUUCUUCACGAAAUUACGAACAAGUUAAUUUCGACGUAAAAUAUGCGAAGAAAGAAAGUUAAUGCUUCAGUUACCCGGGCAUAAUUACGAAAGUUCACGAGCUAACCUUCUAAAUUAGUUUUUUUUUUUUCAGAUGAAAAUUUGUUCAAUUUAUGGGUAGUCAAAUGCCAACACCGCGUAGCGUUGAAACAGCAGAACUAAUCGGUAUUUUCGUCAUUGCUGCGUAUUAUUGUUUACACUUUGUACCUUUUUAACCAAGUGGUAUAGUAGCGACGUCGAUAAAGGAAAUAGAGAAGAAAACAAACAAUUAUUAUACAUAAAAAAUUAAAUAAAUAUUGUAAUAUUAUUAAUUAAAAGAAGUAAACCUCUAUGUAUUUACGCAUGGUGUUAACAUGCAAAUAUAAGUAUCUUGGAUUGGAAUUAAAAACAUAAAAUGGAAAAAUCCAAUAGAUGACAGCACUCCGUGCAAAGCGCGCGCGCGCGCUUCUUUUUUACCGACUGAAUUAGAGAUUAAAAGAAAAGGAGGAAGAGGAAUAAACGGUGGCAAAAAUACGAGAAAUUUGAAAUCAAUUGGAGAACCAAGUAUUCGGCAAAAUCUACGGCAGAACCUUAUUAUUAUUUAAUUUAUGUACAUUUUACGUAAGUAAAUAUUGUGUGUUUUUGUUACGACAUUCGAUCCUUUUUUAAGAAAUUAAGAACAUUUCAUUUUGGUAAUACGUCAGAAUAAUCGACUGAUCGUUUCCCCUAGAUUUUGAUCACGUGGUUUCAUUUCGAUAUAUGUAUAUAUCUCUCGACUUAUUGAAUCGAAUAGUGCAUAGAGUAAAGACUAUAGAAUAUAGUAUAUAUAUAUUGUAUAUAGCAUAUAGAAUAUAGAAUAUUAAGUAUUAAUUUGAUUAUUAUUACAAAUGCAUAAUUAUAUCAAAAUUGCGAAUUGAAUACUGAGUCUAAUGAUGUUUUCUUGAUAUAUGUAUGUAUCUUUCGUUCAAAUGAAAUCCUUGAUACUCCAAGAUGACUUAUACGUGAUUUGUCAUGCAAAUUUUAUCAGUAACGGCGCAAAUGUGUACAGAGUAAUUUGUCAGUUACUCGAUUAUUCGAGUACUGUAUCAGUUUUGCGAAGGUAUAAAUGGAUUCGACGGACGAUGACAUGUUUGUGCUUAGUGACGAGGAGCUGCCCAUCUCUACUCCGAAAUGCAAUCCUAUAGAGGAACAUUUGACGAGAGCAUCGUCGGACGUGCGAACUCGAAUCGAGAGAGCAACGAACGACAUCAAAGAAGUUCAGGAUAUGACGAGACGUAUUCUGGAAUCCCUGUAUAAACAAGCUCGAUACGGAGAGGAUGUGACUUCGGACUCCGACAGUGACUUGUACACAAUAAAUGGACAACUGGUUGUGAAGAAGAAGAAAUAUGAAGUUAGUAAGCUCCCUCAUGAAUUUUUGGUAAUAAACAGCAAUUGGAAAUACGUUUUCACUGAUAAAUGGGUUAUCGGAGUUGAGCUGACCAACAGUUCAAACAAAAAAAUAAACAAUCCUCAGAUCUACGUAUCUUUCAAAGAGGACGACGACAAUCUUCGUGGCAUGUCGACGUUUUGGAAAUUAGAGAACGAAAUAUUUUCAUACCAGACUAAUGAGAUUUACCCUUCUGGCCAAGUCGUUGCUACCGUCGUUCUCGAUUUACCAAAAUUCGACGAGAGGCCAUUUUACGAUAUUUACGGCACAAUUGUAUACGAAGUUGAGGAGAGAGAAUAUCAAAUUUCAGUGCCCGUUAUCCGUCUUAAAAUCGACGACACCAUCGACAGCGGUUACCAAGUCAAAUUUCUGAACCACGUUGAUCCAACAAGGAUGAAAGAUGUGCACGUGAUUUCGCCAAUGAUCCUGGCUUUAAGAAGCACGUCGAUAGAGAAGAACGUCGACAUACAGAUGAAAAGAGAUCCUGAAAGAAAGAAACACUUUCUGAAGUUUCUGAAAAAGUAUUCUUUUCAAGAAAUCCACACAAAUGUUCACUUUGUACAGACAACUGGCUGCCUGAUGCAUUGUUUGAUUGAAAUACUGCCGAUUUCCCCUGUCGAAAAGGAAGAAAAACUGAGGAUUUCUUCAAGGUUCAACUGGAAAUGUCACAAUUUUUAAAAAUUCUUACAUUAUUUCUUUUAUUAACGCAGAAACUUACGCAUUAAUACGUAAUAAUAAU